GAGGGAGGAGGGCGUCCGGUGGCCGGUGGCGGUGCAGCGGGGGCGAGGGUGGCAGUCGUGCCGGGCACGCGGGCGGGGGUAGGAGGGGUGCAACGAACCCUCUCGCCUCGGCUCGAGUCUACGGUGCACGGAGUUGUGCUCGAAUCAUGGCGACACCCGACCCCGUAGACCCAGCCACCCUAGAGAUUAAGACCCGUAGCAUAGAACAGACACUACUCCCACUAGUGAAGCAGAUUUCCACGUUAAUCUCGCACAGAGAACGGCCGCUAUGCUCGGACCGGAGUCUGCGGGCGGUCGCCAGGGUCGGCCAAGCGGUAAAUUUGGCGGUCGAGAGAUUCGUGACGGUCGGCGAGACCAUCGCCGACGACAAUCCGGAGAUCAAGCAAGACAUGUACGAGGCAUGCAAGGAGGCGAGGCUCGCCGGUGAGUACAUAAGCGAUACAACAUUGCGUAUCAAGCUAAUAAUAAUUAAUCAAUUAUUUGACAAGUGAAAGCAAUUUUGCAUUCACAAUGGACAAGAGCGGAGUUGCACAGCGCUUUAGAAAUUCACUUUUAGUAUUAUAUGUUUACUUCAAACUGGAAAAUUUCCAAUCGCGCGAAAAUAUAUACUGAAAAUGUCAAUCAAUUGUCGUAACUCUUUCGCACUGAAGAUAAACGCAAACGCAGAUCCAAUAUGUGCGAAUGUUAUAGUCGAACAUUAAUCAAAAGUUGGAACAGUGCAAACCUACUGUCCAAUUGCGCGUUACGGAGCGUACUCGCGUUAAAACUUGGCGUAUUUUGUACGCCGUCAUCCGUUUUUCCGUAUAGAAUUAUGAGAAACUCUGACUGCGGUUAACUAUUAACCAGGAACAACGCAAUGCAGUUAUACGCAGAAUUUUGCGCAUUAAUGCGGAAUUCUGUAGUUCAUCAAGAAAAAACAAUUCAUUUUGAUAGCGAGCGGUGCAACAAUUUGCAACGUCAUUAUUCACGAAGCCGUACGAGAAACAAUUAAUCUAGCGAAUAAAAAUAAUGCAGAGAAAGCAGGGGGCGAUAUUAUGAUUAAACUUCUACGUAAUUUACAAACUUAAUUACAAUAUUCAUAUUGCGAGAUACAUUUUGGUGCUUUAAUCACUAUUAUCAUAUAUUAGAGCUUUAUUGAAAGAUUAUCUCCGUCUCGAAAACAAAUUGCAUUAUAUUCAUACCGAAUAAUUCCAAUAAUUUUCGUCCGCGAAUGACGUUACUUCGAGCAAUUACGUACUUCUCUCGUCAAUGUUUAAAAGGAUUAUAUUACCGCGGAUAAACUCGUAAAAAAUCAGAGCCGACGCCGUUUAAAAUAAUUAUAUUAUCGCUAAUAAAAUCGCGAGAAAUCGACAGGGCCUCAGUGAAUGUAGAACUGUCAAUUGUGAUACAGACAGAAGAAAAUAAUAAAUCGGAAAUACAAUUUUCUCAUCUCUGAAUUGAACAUUAUUUUCAAUCGAUGUGUAUUGAACAUCGUGUCAAGCCAAUCUAAAAGCGAUUGUCCGUCAAAAAAAUUCGUCACGAAAACCAGACGCAUAGAGAUUUAAAGGAACACAUCACGAAUUGCUCCGAUGCCGCUUUACGAUCCUCGUUUCGUGCAGAACGACCGAUAACGUACUCCUUCAGCGUGCAGCUCGGUGUUUUAGCUUAGCGUCUCAAUCUCUCUCCCUUUUUGCGAGAGAAAAAGAGAAGGAACACAUGGCGAACGAGCGUACGAGCGUUAAGGGCUCCUCAUCGGGUAUCGAAUGCUUUGGCAUCGCGUACUUGCGUAAGGGAACGUUCUCGGAUUAAAGGCUUAAAUACUCGGCAUCUCGUACAUACAGUGAGAGGAUACAAAUAGCGCCUCUGAUGCCCAACCUUGUGCGGACAAUCUCCGGAAGCACGCAAGCCGGAAAACCUCCGUACACGCGAGGAUGAAGCGGAUAACCUUUGAACGUCCCUCCACGAGGUCUUAUCGUCGUUGGCCGCGACAGAUUACGUCUUCCCCUUGUGCUUUUACGCUAAGGUGCACAUUGCGGAACGAUGACGAAUCCCGGCGUACUUGCCGCGAAGCGUGGUAGCGCGGCGCGCGAUGACCCAGUUUCGCCGAACCUUGAAAGGUUUUUCGCCACCUACAUGCGAGAAGCCUCCCCCUGCCAACCUCUGUGUCUUCGCCAAAUCGCGGAGAAGUAAUGGCCGAAGUAGAGGCCACGGAUAUCUCUUUCCAGCACACCUGUUCGCUCCUCCGGGAAGAAUGGUAACCAUGACGAGGUGAAACACUCACGGCGGUCUUGAUCCGGCGUCGCAAAAUUGGAGAUCCCCAGGAGAGAUUUCGCGAGAGCAGGAGAUUGAUGUCGUGUAUCGCCAGAUGCGAAAGUGAUGUUUCCUCGAAAUUUUUUAAGGCUGCCGCGGAACUUAGUCGAGAUGAGGGACCCGCCCAUGGGAGGAUUCUUGCAUGGACGGCGCGGGAAUCAAUCAUUCGCCGAAGAAACGCUAUUAUUGUGCGAGUUAUUCUCCCCCGCUGUCAUCGAUCUUGCGCUGCAAGGGAAAGCGGCGUUACAUAAAUUAUAAACCGAGCUUGCUUUCGUCACAAUAUAUAACCGAGGUCGGACGAGUCUCAAUACAAUCUGAAACGACGUGUCCCGCAGGUUCGCGGGAUCGAUAAGAGAUUGCCAGGCAAGAUGAGGAUUCGCGAUUGCCAGACCAGAAGUACGGCGAAUUACUUAUCCGCGGGGGCCACGCAGACGUAUCAAUUCGAGAUAAUGAAAUAACGUCGAAAGAGCACCGAUAUUACUCGGUGUGCUCGUGCCACGAGUCAUGCGAGCCUUGCCAUCCACAUGACUCUGAACAAAUCGCCUCGCCUGGUAUCGCGUGUAAAUCGGACGCCGUGAGUGUAACCAACCGUGGAGCUGCGAACGCUAUCGUGCCGCCGGGAUUCACUAUGACACAGCACGCGAUGAAUUUGUAUAAAUCGUCGGUGGUUUUCGCGCACGGAUCAUCGAUCCGAUGCAGCCUGCCUCGAGCCUUGCCAGCUAUCGCCACGGAGGAUCGUCACGAAACCGGAAGAUGAAAGGCCGCGGGGGAUGAAGAAGAUCGAAGCACAGCUGUGCUGCGCAGCGACUGUGGCGGAUCGCGGAUGCGAUUACCGAGAGAGGAGCGCCUGGUUUUACGCUCCCUUCCUCGCCCGAGGAUAACGCUAUUUUCGAUGCUCAACAGAGCACUUAAACCGGCGAAACGGCUACAGCGAACGCGACGGAAAGCAACCGCCGUGAAAGAUAAGUGGCGACACGCCAAA